AUGAAUGUAACUUUAAUAGAAUUAAACGCGCUACGCGUCCAGGUCGCUGCGACUUCGCUUAUGAUCAACGACAGUUACCCCCAGUUCAGAAAUCCAACACCUAACGAGUUCAAUUAUUGCAUUCGAAUAUACGCGAGGCAAAUACAAGGAAAAGCAUUAUUUGACAUAUUGGGGCUGCGCCAAAGCGGUCGGUCGGUCAACCGGCGCCGCACUCCCGCGUCCCCCAAUCGGCCUCGUCUCGUCGCGGCCGCAGAGACGUUGCCGAAAUCUCCCGACGCCCACGGAGCCAACUAUCGAUCGAUCUACGCGACGCGCCGCGUUUAUAAGGAGAACCAGCCGCUGGCUCGACGUGACACGGAUGUUGGGGGGGAGUUCGCCGACAUGGGCAGGGGCGCCGCCCGCACGGGCCGCUUCCUCACACUGCACAAACGCCGCAGGCGGCCGCUGCUCACGCGGUCCCUGCGCCGCGACGCCGCCCUACUGGACGACCUGCAACUGCGCCAAGUGCAGGCAAGUUGUGACCGAUCGAGGAGC